AUGUGGUGGGAGACCGCGCCAGAGCUCUCCAAGUCGCACCAUUUUUCCGGCAUCCAUCAAUCCGUAACCGUAGAGGAGGCUAUCUGUGAAGUAAGAAUCGAUUCGAGUAUAGAAGAACGCCUCCGCUGCGGGAAAUGCCAACUGAACGGUUACAGACUAUUGGACAGGGAAGCAAAACUCUCAUAUGCAUCUUGUUUACAUCCUCUCUUUGAACGCGUCUUCCUGAACUUUUCACGAUAUUCACUGACUGUUGCUCAAAUCCAAGCAAAUGUUACAAAGGGACUCCACAAAUUCCGUAACAGAUCUCAGUUUUCAAGAGACGCGAAGCGGGUUUCCGACAAAACACAUUACUCGCACGCCUCCCCCAUCAGUAGUAUCACCGUUACACUUGUAUGA